AUGGCUUUAAUUUUAUUGUUUUCAAUUAUUUUUGCCUCUGCUGAAAGUCUGUACAUUGAUGAUUCUGAUGCUUUUUCUAAUCUAUUCGCAAAGGAAAUUUCGAAUGCUACAUUUGACAAUGGUACCCAUGAGAUUGACGCGCUUCGAUUCUUAUCGUCAACGAAUAUAAAGCAUGUAAAUGGAUCGGUUAGCUCUUCGAAUGUCACAAUGCUCAAUACAAAUAACAGCACUAAGAAGAAUGAUUCAGAACCCGUGAUGAAACGCAUUGUGGAAGACAUUGACGAUUUCCAGGUCGAUACAGUUUCAGCAAACGUUACAGCAACGGAAUCGAAGCUGGAUGGCAUGUCAGAUCAGGUGGCAAACGAGUUAUCGAGUGGGGCUCUGAUCGACAACAGCAACGAUCUGUUUAUGACCAGGUUUUUGUUCGACGGUUUUCCGGAAUUUUGGCACAGGAACAAGCGAAAUGAUUCUUCUGUUGAACCGAAGCGAAAUAUGAAAAAAAGAUUCACGUUUUUCCGAAGAUUUAUCCUUAUCUAA